GGGGGGGGGGGCAGUAUUUUUGUGCCAUCUUAUUGAUGUAAAGACUCAUGUCAAAAUCUGCGUUCAAAUAACAAAUGUCAGUGCUAGACAAUGCAGCAUCGGAAUGGCUGGCCUCGCCAUUGCGGCAUCACAUGGGUCCGUAGAAGAUCUUGUGAGGUCCUGAAUGAGCGCAGUGUCUUUCGAUGAAAGUAUGGCCAUUUGCUGAUUAAUGUGUGCAAAUCAAUUCAUUUGUAAAAAUGAGCAGAAUCCAUUAGUACAAGCAACACAGUGUUUGAAAGGCUCUGCAAGCGACCGCUAUCUGAGUUCUGUCCCUGCGGCGGCGAUGCAUGCAAAUUUGGGUUGCAAGUUCUGCAUCAGCAGAACAGUUUGCCAGUAUGUCAUUAUCGUCAAAUAUUUGUAGAGCAGCCCUUUCAACAUCACAGGUGAAUCAGAACUUCAAAUAAGUAGCUGUUGAGCUGGCCUUUUGCCAUUUGUUUUUAUCACUGUAAACUGCAUAUUUGGCAUCCAGAGUCCCACAAUGCCCUGUGUAGUAUGUCCAAUAAAAUGCAAGCUCCAGCUUGCCGACUGUGCUGACAACAGUGUAACAUUGCUUGUUGAGAAGUAAUGCAUGAGCUUGCUGAUUAGUUAUCUUUCACUUCUAAUAGUAGUGUGUGUGUAUCCUGGCAAAAAUGUACUGUGUGUAUUAUAGGGCUGCCAAACCAGACCCUUCAAAAGUCACUUCGAAGAUCGACCUGGAAAGCUACAAAAAGAAAAAGCGUCUGGAAUCAAUUUCACUAUUCUACAUGAAAUUUAUCAUAAUGUGAUGCAUGAAAAAGUCUGAAGGAACCAUACCUAAAGUUUAACAGGAAGUCGGCCAUUUUAGACGACUUCCAAGGCUCAAAAGCACAAAAUCCUACCAUGGAAUUUGUGCAAAUGAGCCCCAGUUUGGAAGGUGUGCUUGACAAAUGGGUGAUGCUAAAUUGACAAACACUUUUUAGGUACACCAUGGAUGGAGCAUGACAUUAACAUUUGAUGAUUAUUUUGAGGAUUCACUGUGAAAAAAAAAGUGAUUACGGGCCCACUCAGCUUUAAUUCUCGCUAUUUCCAAAUGUGAUGCACAACAAAUGCUGUUAACUUAAUCGUUAAAUACUGGUAUUUAUUUAUUUUUUUCAUAUGUAGCAACGUUUGAUGUUUUUACUGUAAUGUUGUCUCUCCCCAUUUUGCCCAAUACUUGACUUCAUCUUCUCGGAAAUCAGCAGGGUCGUUGAACUUUUCUCGCCUACUAUGGACAGCGGUACUAUUGUACCGAGAGAAGCUUAGUGCCCCUGAGCAAAGUACAAAGUUCCCACCAGUACAAAUCCCACUGGCUGGUGUCCCCGGAUCACUACACUCAUGACAACGCAACACAAGAAUUGGUAGCUCUCGUUUUGACUUUCCCAAAUUGCAGCGGAGCAUUUCAGUCUUCUUUUUACCACCGCGUCGGAAUUUUGGGGUUUGGACACUUUAACACCACAGCAUGUACGCGACUACACUUCUGAUUCUGCUCGCUCUGUGUGCCAGCGGAGGACGUGGAGAAGAGAAACAAAGUCGCGGCCACGUUUCCGUGGUGGUAGUUGGGGGCACAGGGGACUUGGCGAAGAAGUACCUCUGGCAGGGCUUCUUCCAGUUGUACUCGAAUCAAGUCAACAGGAACAGUUUCUCUUUCUACGCUGGUGGAAUGUCGCCCGCGGACAAGGCCAUGCCGAUAUUCUUUGGUAUCCUGAAGGCGGUGUCGUGCCCGAAGGAUGUCUCUGAUGAACGCUGCGCCUUACUCAAGGAGCAGUUCUUGCGGCUAGCGCAGUAUCGGCAACUCAAGAGCCCUGAUGAUUACCGGGAUUUGGCCCAGCAAAUUGAGCAGCAGGCUCAGGAGGAAGGGCUAACCGAGGCCGGACGGCUAUUCUACCUCUCUGUGCCGGCAUUUGCGUACGCGGAUAUCGCGGAUAAAAUCAACGUCAACUGCAGGCCUGUUGGCGGGGCGGCUUGGCUCCGAGUGGUUCUGGAGAAACCUUUUGGACACGACCUGAGGAGCGCUCAGGUGCUUGCAGCUCAGCUCGGGGAGGCCUUGCGUGAUGAAGAAAUGUACAGAAUUGACCACUACUUGGGAAAGCAGGUGAUCUCAAAGAUCCUUCCAUUCAGAGUAGAAAACAAGAAGUUCCUGGAUCCCAUCUGGAACAAGCACCACAUUGAGAGAAUAGAGAUUGUACUGAAAGAGACUCUGGAUGUACAAGGUCGUAUUCCCUUCUACGACCAGUACGGCGUGAUCCGAGAUGUAAUCCAGAACCACCUGACGGAGGUCAUGGCUCUCCUAACCAUGCGGCUUCCUACCAAUGUCACUGACAGCAAGGAACUUCUCCAAAAUAAGCUGCGGCUCUUCAGUUCUUUGUUGCCCCUGGGCAAGAAUCAGGCAGUGGUCGGCCAGUACCAAGCAUACCAAGCCGAGGUUCAGCGGGAGCUCAACAAGACCAAAGACCACGUCAGCAUCACGCCAACAUUUGCAGCUGUGUUGGCGCACAUGGACUCGGCCCAGUAUGACGGAGUGCCCAUCCUUCUGAUCUCGGGGAAGAUGUUGGACGAACGAGUGGGAUACGCACGGGUUCUUUUCAAGAACGACAUGUUCUGUCUUCAGCACGGCUUUCAUUGCAAGCCCAAAGAGAUAAUCUUCUACUUUGGACACGGUAGCCUUCGAUACCCAGCCAUUCUCGUUUCCAAGAAUCUUUUUAAGCCAUCUCUGAUGGAGGGCGAGUGGAAGGAAGUGACGGAUCACACAAAUGUUAACGUCCUAGGGUCGCCUCUGUCAAACUACUAUGUCCAAACUCCAACGGUGCAGCGGGAAGCUUAUGCGGAAUUAAUUUCUCACAUUUUUGCUGGACACAAAAAUAGUUUUAUCAGUACCGAAAAUCUCCUUGCCUCUUGGGACCUGUGGACCCCGUUGCUUGAGAGUUUAGCCGGCUCGUUUCCCCGCGUCUACCCGGGAGGGGUCGACAACGGCGACCUGCUGGAUAUCCAUUUGAAAGGGAAGGAGAUUGCUUACAAAAGUGAUGUGGUACUUCUCGGGCCGGACCAGUUAGGAGUUGAGUCUGCAAGGAGUUUCCUAGUCAUGCAAGGGAAGUACCGCGACGCUCACAUGGUAUCUGCCUGGGCUGAGGAGCUGGUGGAGCGUCUGGCCGCCGACAUCCAGGAAGCGGCGGAGGCGGCCGUGCUUCAAGGUGGCGUUUUCCACCUGGCCCUCUCCGGCGGGUCUACACCCAUUGCGCUCUUCCACAGGCUGGCCCUGCACCAUUUCUCCUUCCCCUGGAGUGACACCCAUAUUUGGAUGGUGGACGAGCGCUGCGUGCCAUUGACUGAUCCGGAGUCCAACUUCCACAACAUCCACCAGCACGUUUUGCAGCACGUGCGUAUCCCCUACUACAACAUUCACCCGAUGCCGGUGCAGUUUAAGCAGCGUCUGUGCGUGGAGGACGACGCCGCAGCGCUGAUGUAUCAGGAAGACAUCAGCAGAUUAGUCAAUGGCUCCAGGUUCCACUUCGUACUCCUGGGCAUCGGCCAUGACGGACACACGGCCUCCCUCUUCCCUGGCGCCAAAGCGGCCCAAAGUGACAAUGGCCUGGUGGUCCUCACCGAGAGUCCCAUCAAGCCGCACCGCCGCAUGAGCCUCACGCUCAGCGCUAUCAACCGAGCCCACAGGGUGGCGCUGCUGGUGAUGGGCAAGGGAAAACACGAGCUUGUCACCCAGCUGAGCCGUGUCAAGGACGAGCCAAACAAAUGGCCCGUCACUGGGGUGAAACCCACUGACGGCACGCUCGCCUGGUACAUGGACUAUGACGCACUUUUAGGUUAGGGAUCACAAUAAACCCUACAUGUCAAGACAGUAAGUUCCUUUUGCCUACCUACAAUUCAGGUACUGUGAAGCUCUUCAUUCUUCACAAAGGUUAGGGACCAAUACCGGUGAAUAUCAAAAAUUUGCUCACAGUUGACACUUACCUUUGAAAUUUUUACAUUUGCCUAUAUUAGUAGUUUACAGUGAACCCCUGCCCAUUUGCUAUUCCAUAUUCACAAAUUCAGCUAUUUGCAUUUUUUUGUGCUCUUUCCGUUAGGCUCUAAGAUGCCGUAAGAUGAUGUCAAAGCCCCGGCAAAAAAAGCAUCGUCCAAGUUAUCCAUCUCGAUUUUGAGAUUUUUUUGUGUGGGGGAAGAGCAAAGUUUCGCCUGAUUGUCAGUGGAAGCUAAGGAGAGCCUUUGUCAUACUGUAUGGACAUAUUUGUAUCUUUUUAAUGAUUUUCUUAGAAGAUGAGUUUCAAAUUGCAAUUAAUUUUGGGGGCCAUCAAUAACUUACUUUUUUGCGCUCUUUGUGGUAAGGGCACAAGCCCCACGAAUAGCAGAGGGCUUUGCUGUCGACCAUGGGUGCCCAAGUCCAGCCCUCGAGAGCCUCCAUCCAGCCUGUUUUAGAUGUCUCCCCCCUGAAAAUACCUGAUUCAAAUAAUAAGAUCAUCAGCAAGCUCGGAGAAGCCUGAUAACUAGCCUGGUCAUUUCAGUCAUGUGUCUUGGAAGAGGGAGACAUCUAGAACAGGAUGGAGAGGGGCUUUCCAGGACCGGACUUGGGCACCCCUGCUUUCCUCUAAAUAUAAUCCAAACGAUGGUCCAUCCAUCCAUCCAUUUUCCAAUCUGCUUUCUCCU